UAAUCCAAAGGCUAACCGGAGAUACCUUUAAAGGCUUGUCAAGAUUAAUCACGAUUGAAAUAUCUAGCAAAUAUUUAUUGCAUUUGACUCCAGAUGUAUUUAAACCUCUGAAAAAUUUGUUUUGGAUUAACUUCAGUUAUUGUAACAUCGAGUCAAUAUCCAGUGAUCUAUUUUGCGAAAACCCGAGGCUUACGUUUGUGUCAUUUAAGAACAAUAGCAUACGUGAUAUCAAAGAAGCAAAGAGAAAUAACUCCAAUUGCCGAGCUGGCACGUUAAACUCUUUGUCUUUAGAUGGCAAUAAUAUCGGAGAUCUCUCUAAUGUUAAUUUUGAGUCAUUUAAAUUAAACGGUAUUCUAACCCUGGCAAAUUGCUCGAUUCGCACGAUAUCAAAGAAACCAUUUGAAGGUUUAGCAGAUGUUAUUACGAUUGAUCUAAAGAACAAUUACAUUAGGUUUUUACCAGAUUAUAUUUUCACAUCUUUAAACACGACAUUGCGAUACAUGAAUUUUGGAAACAAUCGUCUGCAGGCUAUUGACGUCUCAAAGACAUUCAGUGGAUUGGAAUUAGACACAUUGAACCUUUAUGACAAUGCCAUAUCAUCAAUAACGGGGAAGCUUUCCGAAAUAAAGUUUCUGAAAUUAUUAAAUUUAAAAAAUAAUGCAUUGAAGAAGCUUUCUUAUGAAACAUUCAGUAAUUUAUCAAGUCUUCGUAGUCUUGAUCUUUCAAACAAUAAAAUAGAAAUUAUAGAAGCUGGUACAUUUGAUUCUUCAGUUAAUCUCAGAACGAUAAAAUUGUCAAGAAAUUACAUCCGAUACUUGCCUAAAGGACUUUUUCGUAAAGCACUCUCGCUAAAAAGUGUGUUUAUGGACGGAAAUCAUAUAGAAUCAGUGGACGAAGAUUUGUUUGCAAACUGCGAGAACCUAGAUAAGAUUGAAAUGCAGCAAAACAGGUUAUCAAACGUUACCCGUCUAUUGAUAUCUUCAAGGAAAUUCAGAUACUUUAAAGUUAGAGACAAUAAGCUGCACCUGAUGCCGAUAUUUUCAAGACCUGACGAUGGAAAAGCCUGUUCCAGUAUCACAAGCCUUAAGGACAUUGAUGCGGGGCAUAAUGAGAUUGUUUAUUUCAGUGCAUCUUGCUACAAACAUGUUGUAUAUCUGUAUCUCAGUUAUAAUCUCAUUAAUGAUAUUAGUAAUUUUGAUGAAUUGCACUACGUAGAACAUUUAUUUCUGCGCAAUAAUAAAAUUAAAACUUUACCAAGAACAGCUAUGAAUAGUUUAUGCACUAAAUUAGUUUGGCUAGAUAUAGGGAGUAAUUUGAUAGAAAGAAUAGAUGAAGGAACAUUUUCACAUUGUCAAUAUUUAACACUUCUUAAGUUGGAUGAAAAUAGUUUGAAAGUGUUCGAACCUUUGUAUCUGAAAUCCUUUAAAGACAUACAUCUGUCUAGAAACCCUCUACGAUGUGACUGUGAAAACAAACAACUUAUUAAUUGGUUGAAUACAAGCAGCACGGUUAAAGUUGAUCACACAAGAUGUGAAAAUGGCCAAGCUCUGUCAACGUUUCGAUUAGAAAAUUGUACAAACCUUGUCUUCAUCUCCGAUCUGAAAGAUGUAGUAAUGAAAAUUGGUAUUCCAAUAGCAGCAAUAGUUUUUGUUACUUGUAUAAUCGCGAUUUUAUUUUUCAAAUUCAGGUACGAAAUUCAGGUUAUUGCUUUUUAUAGAUGGAAUAUCAGAUUAGCCUGCUGUUGCACGAACAAGACAGACGAAAAUGUUCAAUGGAAAUAUGAUGCUUUCAUAUGUUUUGCGGAAGAAGAUAUUGUUUUUGUUCAAAAUCGACUAAUACCCAUGCUUGAACCAAAGUACAAUAUUUGCAUAUAUUAUCGAGACUUCCCGGUUGGAGAAGACAUCGCUGAAUCUAUUCUUGAAACAAUUGACAACAGUGCUGUAAUUAUCAUUUUACUGUCAGAGAAUUUUAUGAACAGCCGAUGGGGAACGUUUGAAUUUAGGAGUGCACACUAUUCAGCAAUGCGUAAGAAAAACAAGCGGUUACUGAUCGUUAUAUUAAAUGAAUCUUUCCUUCAAACGAAAAUGGAUUUAACUUUGAGAAGCAUUCUUUAUACGAAAUCAUAUCUUAAAGCUGAUGAUUCGCUUUUCAAAGAAAAACUUAUACAUUCGAUGCCAUCAAUACCUGUUAAGUCUGUCAAUCAAAAUGAUAAUGAAAAAACAAGAGGAAGUCGAAAUAAUGUGUACGAGACAGAAUCUACAAUGGAAUUGUCCAGUAUAUACGAUACUAUUCAAUUGUAGUUUGAAACCCAUGUUUGGUAGAAAAUAUUGUUGCUUUAAUUGAAAAAGUCCAUCUGUAACGCAUCUUGCUAACUGUUUGUACGUAUUGUAGUGAUAUUGCCU